AUGCCAGAAUUAUCCUCCACAAAUGGCAUCCACCCCCGGCGAAAACGUAUCGUGAUUGGUAUGACAGGUGCGACAGGCGCCUGUCUCGGUAUUAGGCUCCUCACCGUCCUCCGCCGACUGAAUGUCGAAACGCAUCUCAUUCUCAGUCACUGGGCCGAAGAAACAAUCCGGUACGAAACAGAUUACACGCCCGCCAAUGUGCGUGCACUCGCUGAUCACGUGUAUUCGAAUCACGACCAAUCAGCUCCUAUUUCCUCCGGGUCGUUUCGUGCGGACGGUAUGAUCAUCCUGCCUUGCAGUAUGAAGACUCUGGCUGCAGUACAUGCCGGAUAUUGCGAUGACCUGAUCUCGAGGGCCGCGGAUGUGAUGUUGAAGGAGCGGAGAAGGCUUGUCUUGGCGGUCAGAGAGACUCCACUGAGCGAAAUACAUCUGAGGAAUAUGCUGGAAGUUACAAGAGCAGGCGCCAUCAUUUGUCCAUCGAUGCCAGCGUUCUAUACGAAACCGGGUUCGAUUGAUGAUUUGGUGGAUCAGAUGGUGGGACGGUUGCUUGACCUGUUCGAUUUGGAUACCGGGGAUUUCCAACGAUGGAACGGGUUUGAAAAGCAUUGA